CGAGAUAGCACGUUAGCGAAUUUCUCCAUCGCUAUUCACCAUGGAUAGGGACUCCAACAGCACAGAAUGCAAUCUUCCAGGCGAUCGAUGUCAGUACAGGUGCUUCGUUCGGACUCUGUAUCCUCGGAAGUCUCCUGAACCAAGGCCACCACGCUCCCUUGGAGAGUGGCUCCAAGACACGAUAUCCAUUCCACUUCCCAUCGCAGUCCAGCGCAUUGUGCUUGAGAACCAGGCAGACAUUCGUGAGUCGUCUUUUCGUCUUUUGUUCACACCGCAGGCAUUACUGGUGGGAAGCAGCUUUCUUUCUGACGCUUCUGGCCGUAAGAGUGUGCUUGAAACCCAACGUUCUCCCUGUCUAGCGCUGGUGCAUCGCCUGAUCAACCGCUUUCCCAAGUCCAGCAUCAAGACAACUAGAGCCUCUGCGCAUUCGGAACAUUCGAUUAGAAGGUUGAACAUGGAGACACUCCUGAAAGCUCAGACGCCAGCCGAAGAUACGGCCAGACAAAAGUCGGCUGAUUUCACAAGGCCUUCUCCUCGCAUCCUGGACCGAUCAAGACAGACAGCUCAACCUCCAAAGUCUGCCAACACUGUACCACCUACCGGGGGUGCAACUGCCGAGUCGAGUUCGGAGCAGCCAGGGCCGGCUACCACAGCCGGUUCCUGUGGGUCACUUGGUGGGGUAGAGAACGGUAGCUCAGGGCCUGCCAGCGCCGCCUCUGCUGCGACUAAUGAAGCAGGCCAAGCAAGUCAGGGCCAGGGCAGUGAUCCUCACGGUAGCCAGAUCCAAGGCUCGAAGGAUGCGGGGGAUACAGCUGGGUCUCCACCUCUCAGCACGGCGGCUCAGACUGCCGAAGGAAGCCCUGUGGCUCAUGAUCCAGACGCGGGAUCGAGUAAUGGGAAGCAGAGUGGCAGUCCACAGCCGACCAACACCAAUCCGACUCCGAACGCAGCGGCUCAGACUGCCCAGCCGGUCAACGCUGUUACAACUACUCCGAACACGGCAGCUACCUCAAAUCAUUCCUCUGGCACACUUGGCAAGGUGAAGGAUCGUACCCCGGCGCCUGAGAGCACAACGGAUAACGGAACCAAAUCCUCGUCAAGCACAGAAUGAUGCCAUUUUUCUUCCCUUUUCUUUCUUUCUCUUUCCUGUUCUCGGGUGACCUUUUUUCAUUUGUUUUCGGGUGACAGCAGCCAAGGUCCAAUGCAUGUAAACUCCACACUCCUCCCCUUGGAGGUCUUUAACCUUCAGUCCAGUUCCCAAGUUUGGCAAUUUCAUUGCCAUUCUUGGCGAGCUUGUUGACGAACCGGAUCUACGAGACCUCGAUAUUGAGAAG